GACGAAAUAUUGUCUGAAGUUGUGUAUCUCCACGACAUUACGAUAAAUAAACUAUAAACCUAUUUAAAACAUUAAAAAUUAAAUUAUACUUGUAACAAACAAUAUGUUCACUACAUACUGAUACUUUUUAUCGUAGUGAUAAAAAAUUGUUUCAUUAAAUAACAAUGUUUUGCAACGCAAUUAAAUAUGCAAUUAUUUUGAUAUUUGUUAUUUUAUAGUUUAUCACAUUUCAUAAAAAAGUGUUAUGGUGAAAGAUUUAACGAUGUUUUGAUAUAACAUAAUAUAUAACGUGCACGAUGCGAGUGAAUUUACGUAAAUUUAUAAUAUUUUUUGGUUGUUUCUCAUUAAUAUGGCUUGUCGUGUCUUAUUCAUCGUCGUACAGUCCCGUUUACAAACCGAGGAGCAGCGUGUCGGAAAUAGAGAUGGAAAUAGACAGAUUGCAACACAAAAUGCAAAAUCAGCUAACAGAUAGUUAUAGCUUGUUACAAAAAGUUAGGUUGCAUUUAAAAAAGACUGAAGAAAAGAAUGAUGAGAGCGCUAAGAACUCUCAGCCAGCUUGGAAUGAAGUUGAUACUAACCAGAAUUACAAAAAUCCCGUAUUGCCAAUAUUAGUGAUCGCCUGCGACAGAGUGACCGUGAAGAGGUGUUUGGACAAUUUAGUCAAAUUUAGACCAAAUAAAGAGACAUUCCCCAUUAUAGUAAGCCAGGACUGUGGUCACAAUGAAACAUACCACGUGAUCAAAUCCUAUACCGACAGUGAUCCAAGUAUCACGGUGGUGAGGCAGCCGAAUCUAUCGGAGAUACCGUUGCCGCGGGCGAAAGUGAAAUUUAAAGGCUAUUACAAAAUAGCAAGACACUACCGGUUCGCUUUGAACCAUGUUUUUGUUGGUUUGGAACAUGAGGCUGUGAUUAUUGUUGAAGAUGAUCUAGACAUUUCCCCCGACUUCUUCGAGUAUUUUCUAGGCACGUAUCCGCUACUUUUUAAGGAUCCCAGUAUAUGGUGCAUAUCUGCAUGGAAUGACAAUGGGAAGAAGGAACACAUAGAUCUCUCAAGACCUGAACUAUUACAUAGGACAGACUUCUUCCCGGGCUUGGGAUGGCUGCUUAGGAAGGAUACUUGGCUCCAAUUGGAACCGAAGUGGCCACAGGCAUUUUUCGACGACUGGCUCCGUGAUCCUGAAAACACAGACGGUCGAGCGUGUAUAAGACCUGAGAUAUCGAGGACGUAUAGUUUCGGAAAGAUCGGCGUUAGUAAAGGACUCUUCUUCGACAUGCACUUGCGUUACAUGCAGCUGAACAUGGAAUUCGUGGAAUUUACGAAAUUAAAUCUCACAUAUUUAAUAAAGGACACGUACGAUGAAAAUUUGACAUCGUUCGUGUACAACUUGCCGGAAGUGUCCGCUGAGGAUGUUAUGUCUAGCACGGGAACUGAACCCGCCGUCCGUGUGUCAUAUUCCACAGCGAAGACUUACCAACGUGCGGCUAAGAAGCUUGGCCUUAUGGAUGAUUUUAGGAGUGGUAUCCCAAGAGCAGCGUACCGCGGUAUAGUGACGUGUUUUAUAAGAAAUCGCCGAGUCUACCUCGCUCCUAGUUACGAGUGGACCAAAUAUGACCCGACGUGGGGCUAAUAAAUGUUAUAUUAAAACCUUUUUGCUAUGUAUUUAUUUUUUAAAUGUCCUGUUAUAAAAGUAUUAAAAAAAAUUCAAUCCCAUAAAAA